GCGCGCCCCCCGCCCCCGCGGCCGCGGCCCCGCCCCUCCGUUUCCUCCCGGGUGUGUGGCACCGCGGCCGCUCGGCGACAGAGGAGCGGGAGCCGGCCCAGCGGCGGCAGCAGCGAUGCUCGGCAAUUUAUUGGCCAGUGCCACGGGGCCGCAGUCCAGCGGGGUUCGAGGGCUGUGUGAGACAGCACCGCUGCGAUGGCGUCCUAUUUCGAUGAACACGACUGCGAGCCGUUGGAUUCCGAGCAGCAGGCCCGAACCAAUAUGCUGCUGGAGCUCGCAAGGUCACUUUUCAAUAGGAUGGACUUUGAAGACUUGGGGUUGGUAGUAGAUUGGGAACAUCACCUGCCUCCACCUGCUGCCAAAGCUGUGGUUGAGAACCUUCCUAGGAGAGUCAUCAGGGGCUCUCAGGCCGAGCUCAAGUGCCCCGUGUGUCUUUUGGAAUUUGAGGAGGAGGAGACUGCCAUUGAGAUGCCUUGCCAUCACCUCUUCCAUUCCAGCUGCAUUCUGCCCUGGCUAAGCAAGACAAAUUCCUGCCCCUUGUGCCGCCAUGAGCUGCCCACUGAUGAUGACACUUACGAGGAACAUAGACGAGAUAAGGCUCGCAAGCAGCAGCAAAAGCACCGACUUGAGAACCUCCACGGAGCCAUGUACACAUGAGGUGCCUGGGGCUGAGUACCAGUCCUCCACAUCUUUCUCUUGCACCUCAAAUCCUCAUUAAAAUUUUCUUUACCCACCCUGCA